ACAGGGCAGUGAAGAAAAGUUAGAAACUGUUCAAAGAUCUUCUAGUGGCGGACUGCCUCAUCUGCAUGUUAAGCGCCGCGUGGGGUUUGAGUAGCCCGCCAGAUUCAGCUGGGAGGGCCAGACUCCUGUCCCACCAGUGGUCUGGAACCAAACCCACAAUAUUUCUGAGGUACCUGGUCAUGCCUCCAAGCCCUGUACCUGGACCAGGCAGUGUGGAAGGAAGCUUUUGCUGGGAAACAAUGACCAGAACCCAACAGGGAAAGACUCUUCUUUCCCACCAUUUCCAUCAGUCACUCCCCCCACGGCUGGGAUGGGGCAUGAAUUUUCCCCACUCAAAACCAGGAAAUGAGGAGUGUGCCUCCUUGUCCAGUGUACCUCCAGUCUUCCACUUUAGCCCACAUCGCUGUGCACACCUCAAGAACCAAUAUUUGCAAAAGGCCGCUACAAACCUUACCUUCUCUCAGGAGGUGGUAUGGCAGCGAGGGCUUCCCAGCAUCCCUUACAGCCAGUACAACUUCGACCAUCUCUACAAUGCAGACCAUAUCAUCCAGCCUCCCCAGAUCAGCAGGGCCCGAUGUGAGAAACCCACUGGCUUCAAGUUCUUGCGUUCUUCAGGUCCCACGGCAAGGGUCACCUCCCAGGCUGUGAAGACAGAAAGGUCUACCAAUCUUAAGAAGCAGCUGAAGGAAUCAAAGCCAGCAAGUGUGGUCCAGGAAAAAUCUUGCCCUCUCAUCCCUCAUUCCCGCAGGGAUCCAGACAUUCUGGGUCUGUCACUUUCUCCAGAUGUGAACCUGGAGGAGAGGGAAUCCUGGCUACCACCUCCUGAGAAGGAGGCCAGAGCCUGGGAAGCCAUUGUGCUGGAAAAGCUGAACAAGCGCACUGCCCGAUGGAUCCAGAGCAAACGGCCCCUGAGGCCUGGGGUCCCCCCCAGCAAGUGGCAGGGCUUCUUGCGCCAGCAGUACGACUGGAGCCACAUCCGGGAUGAGCUUACUUCCACCAGUGACCUGGAGCUACUGAAACGGCUGGAGGAAGAAGAAACAGCAGAAUUUGAGGAUGAAAAUGUUAUCCUGCCACCCCAGGAGAGACAGAAGCCAGAGCUGCUGCUUCCUGUUUAUUAUAGAUUGCCCAGUUACCUGCCACAAGUGCAGACAGCUGAAACAAUGCCUGGCAACAAUGAGACUGCUGAGGAUAUCAAAGGAAAGAAGAACAUCUGCCAGCCCCCAAAGCAAAGCCACUUCCGGCAGGUGAAUCCUCAAGCUGGAAAGUUUGCUUACUCCACAGACAACACCUUCGAACAGGAGAUAUACUUUGAUCGAGUCCGGAUCAUCCACCAGAUUGGUGCGGAGAGAGACCACAUUUUCCUGGAAAAUCUCAAUUGCUACAAGAAGCAGCUGUCUAAAGUCUUCCCUGAGACCCCAGAAAGGUGGACUUCCCAGCCAGUUCCUGAAGCACCCUGCAGGCCUGUGAAAGGAGCCCCGCGCUGGACGGCUCUGCCUACUCCAGUCAAGGAUCUGCUGCUCCAGGUGGGUGAGGAGGAUGUUGCCAUUAAGACCAGGAGACUGAAGAAGCACGAAGAGUCACUGAAGGAGGAUGUGACUUGGGAACUGGAGGUCUUGCAGAGGAUGCUGCAGGAAUGGAAGACUGCCUGGGCUCUGAUCAUCGAGUGGCACCAUGAGACGAUAGAGGGCCUGCUGCGGGGCUUGGUGGACAUACAUGAUGACGUUCGGAUCCAAGCCAUCAUCACAUGUGCCACAGCUGCUUUAGAACGGCCCCGGAUUGUCACUAGCCAGGGGGACUCAAACAAGGAGACUGCGAAAGCCCCAUCUGUCCAGGACUUGCCAGAGGUUCUACAGCCCCCCCUGAAGGCUGCUCUUUGCGACAAAAAUGCCAAUGUGCGGAUGGCGGCGGCACUAUGCCAAUAUGCCAUACAGUCGCAUAAUCCCCUUGCCCGGGACAUCAUGCAUAGUGUCCUUUUGAAGGGUAAUAGCGUGGACAGCUGGGCUGCAGCUCAGUGCUUGGCUCUGGAAGGUGCUGCCACAUACCCCGUGAUUAAGAGGAUCCUCCAGCAGCUGUUUAAUAAGAAGAAUGACGACACUGAGCACCAGUCUUGUAUGCUCCUGAACCAUCUCAGUGAGAAGACAACCCUGAUACACACCAUGCUUGCUGUGGAGCUGAACAGCUACCAGUGGAGGGACCGGAUCGUAGCCUGCCGGGUUCUCUCACAGAUCGGUGGGAAUGUCAGUUUGGAUAUGAAACAUAAGUUGAUCCAGAUGAUGCUGAGGGACUGGAAUAAGGAAGUAAGACACGCAGCUGCCCAAGCUCUGGGGCGAAUGAGCUUUGGUAAAGAGCUGCACAACACCAUCAGAGUCAAGCUGAGUCAAGGAAAUUUCCAGGAGCGUGUGGAAGCUCUCUCUCUGAUCGGUGGGCUCAAGCUCAUGACUGCCAGGCUUCUCCCAAGUUUCCUGAACUGCUUCUCUGAUGACUUCAUGGCAGUUCGGCGGGCAGCCUGUUUGGCAGCAGGCACCCUGCAGAUCCGCGAUAAGCUGGUCCUUGAGUGCCUUUUGAAUCUGAUACAGAGGGAUCCUUACUGGAAAAUCAAGGCUUUUGCCAUUCAAGCUUUGGGUCAGAUUGGCCAAGUGAGUCCCCAGCUAACAGACCUCCUGCUCUGGGCCAUCCAUUAUGAAGAGUCACCAGGUGUUCGACUAGAAGCUUGCCGUAGCAUCCUAGCCCUCAAUCUUCAAGGGGACCGAGUCAGGGACACCUUCCUAGAUGUGCUGCUCCUAGAGAACCAUGAGGCUGUUCUAAAGGAAAUUCACCAGGCAAUGAAGAUACUCAACUUAGAAAACGAAGGAAACCAAGAAAUGCUUCAGGAGAUCAAGAACAGGAUUCAAACACUAAGCCAAAAGGACUUGCUGACACAGAAAAUAUUCAAGAUGGAGAGGGUCAUAGCAAAAGUGAAGGAAGAAACAAAACGUGUUUACUUGCAACCCAAGGAGGGGCAAAAACCACUGAAACUCCAAACUUUUCUACAAGAAACUUUUCAGGAUGAAGUGGUGAUUCCUAGAAAACCGUCUGAAAUUUGUGACAUUAAAGCAGUCAUAAAGCCCGUGAGGCCCCACACACCAAAUCCCUGGUCACAGAGUCCAGUCCUGGAUCUACACACAAAAAGCAGAGGUCAGUUGUCUUCUGUGAAAGAUCUGCGCACUGCCCGGGAAAAAAGGAUUAUGAUGGGACCAUUUGGAUCUGACAGCCCGGACCUCUAGCUGGGUAAAUAUUCAGAGAUUUUUUCCAGGGUCAUGUCCUCUUCCCCUGGAAGGAAAGGUGAUCAUUUCUAGGAUGAGACCUCUUGCUUCAAGACAGACAGCAGUGGACCUAGUCACAUUCUAUUUUUUAAAUUGAUGUUGUACAGUCUCUUUGUCAUUAUGUUUAUAAAGAAAAAUCUGUUUAACAGUAGUCCUGGUUUUUUAAUGUGCACCAUUUACACAGAGGGUUAAAGAAAAUUGACAUCAUAUUAGGUGAUUGAGCGUAUUUUUCCAUACCCUAGAAAGGUUAUAUACUAAUUAUAGGUCAGAGCUCCACAUUUUACUAGAGUAGAAAUAUUAAAAGACCCAUCAUCCUUUGCAAGCUAUAUAAAGAGCCCUCUGAAACCCAAACUAGAAUACCAUUUGUCUAGGAAAGAAAUGGCUUAGGUGAUUUUUUUAAAAAAAAUCUACAAGUCUAGUCUUGUUCUAGAGCAAGUUCUUUACAAGAGUGUUACAAGAAGACCAAGCUGGCAUGAUCAUUUUCCCUUGCACCACAUAGGUGGGCAUGAAUACUUUGAGAUCCCUUGGAAGCAUCACUGCAGUUUCACAAUGCCGAUUAACAAUUCUCAGGAACCUCAACAUACCGUCACGCGUUAAAGAUUUAGACAUGAUGGCAGAGUUGCAGACUGUAUAGGUUUCAUUAGAUGGGAUUCCGUAUGAGCAUACUGAUGUAGGCAGGCCAGGUGAAGGACUCAGAGGGGGUCCUGCAGGACCAACCAAGAGGGUCCUUGGCUUCACGCAGGAUAGAAAUAAAAAUCGAGGCAGCAGGAAGUGAGAGCAGAGUUUACUGAAGGCAUAGAGAGUGCAGAUACAGAUGGAGCAUUUGGGAGACUCCGAAAGGAAAAGGAGCAUGAGUCUUGUCUUUGCUUGGGGUCUGGUGGUUUUAUUGAGGACAGUAGUUUGGUCUACGAGUCCUCUCCAGCAACCGGGAACUGGUCAAAACAAGGAUGAGUGCUCAGGUGUCCUCCAUAGAUCACUUAUGCCCUGGACCCGGGGUUUUUGGUGUCUGGAGCCAGUGGUCUUGAAAAACGUACAUGACCACCCCACCCGGUCAGUCCUUAGAUACUAUCUAUUGUGCUGCAAGAUUCCAAAGAAAUCAUUAACUCCUUGACCUUUACAAGGAGGACAUACAUUAUUUGUACUAGAAGCCAUGAUGCAGAGUGGGAGUGCAGGUCGUAGCAAGAAUAGAAACAGGAAAAGGAGCAAAGAAUAAAACCAGCUUUUUUUGUGUGUGGGGUCCCUUCGAUUUCCCUGUCUCAACAUGAUACCAAAAAAUAAUAAUAAUAAUAAUAAAAAAUUUUUAAAAAUCACUAUGGAAGAGGAGAGACCCAGUAUUCAAAGUAGUGUGACUCCAGCUUUCUUUUCUAAAAAUUGAUUGCUAUUUACACCUUAAAAAGCUUCGGGACAUUUAGAGAUGAAAACACAGGCAAUGUGAGUCGCUCCCUUUUUCUUCCCCUAAUCACAUUCUCUUCUAUUGGCACUGUUAUCACCAGCAAUAUAAAAAGCAAUAAUUUCCACUAUGAAUGCCUCACAGCUAUGGGAUACAGGGAAAAAAGAAUUUGGGGGGAGUAUCAGUUAACUGCAUAACAGAAAAUCUUUCCUUUUCCUAACUCCUGUAGCCCACGUUUUUAUUUAUUGUUUUACACAUUCCAUCCAAGUGAAAUAGGAAUCCAAAAAGCACCGUCAUGUAUAUUGGGGUUAUUUCCACAUCUAUUAAACAGGAGGAUUCUGGGAUCUGGCUACCAAGAGGCAUUUGAGACAAUAAAGAAUUCUGUACGAGUACUUUCUCAGUCCCUCUAGCUUUGACUUUGUCAUUUCCCAGUGAAAGGGCUUUAUUGUGCACUCUGCAUUGCUGGCAAGAACAAGAGAGCCCAAGUGAACUCUUCAGUCAGUCAGAAAGGCCAAACAGAGGUCUCUUAGAAGGUCCGCACUGUGGGAGAUGUAGCAGCCGCAGAAGAAACGGCCCUUGUGCUCGAGGAGUUUACAAGGGGUUUUAUAAGACAUACAUUUAAGGAUCUUUCAAAGACAAUAUGCUUGAUCUAGUAGGAAAUGUGUGACACCCAGCAGAUGUGCUGUAGGAGUCGGGGUUGGGGUGGGAGGUGCUGGAGUAGUCAUGGAGACCCAGGAGCUCGCUUGCAUCUCAGGCCACGCACAGGACUUGGAUAGUACUGAGGAGCGGAGGGAAGACCUUCUAGGUGAGCGGAAGGACAGGAGAAAAGCUGGAGGAAGGAAUGAGCUUGGUAGCCGUCCAUGACAGCUCCUUUUUCCUCUCCUGAUUCUAAAUUGGUUUACUUGUUAUAUUGCAAUAUAGAAGCUGGACAUCCAUUCUCCUUACCCUCAUGCUUUUGCUGAUCCAUUGAUAUUAACAAAAUAUUAUAAUGACAAAAUACUCCCAAGAGUGUCACAAAUCCUUUAUAAAGAGCCUUGCCUGUUCCUCCUGACUGAGAUGUCUGAAGGACAUUCUCUUCUCAGUUAUCUCCUUUUCCUUGUUCCUCUUUUCAUCUUUCCUCUCACUUUCUUCUGCCACAACAUUCAUGAAACUCCACUGGUUGAUUAAACAAGUGACAACUCCCUAUCCUGAUCUAAAAGGAAGCUUCUGGGGGCACCUGGGUGGCUCAGUUGGUUAAGUGUCUGCCUUAGACAAGGGUCAUGAUUGCAGGGUCCUGGAAUGGAGCUCCACCCUUGUGGGGGCUCCCUGCUCAGCGGG